AUGCAAGUGGCAAUCAUGUAUACAGCAGGAGCACCAAAAUCAUUCGACAAUGUCGUUUCAAUCAGUCGCUACUCCUCAAUACCUUCUAUACCAGCUGAGAGGAUCAAAGGUAUAUUGGAACAUGAGUUAUGCAUUUAUGGUUGUUCAACAGGAAAUACACCAAGAAUGCUAAGUAGUCACAAAUUUGAUCAUAUCUCCGAAAGUCACGGUCAAGCUACUUUGAACGAUGGCCAACAAAAUCAGCGAAAAAUGCUAUUCGGAAAAUCAUUUCGACCUAAAAGCGCUGGGGAUACUUACAAAGUUGUCACUUCUACUGAUGACAUCAAAGAAUCUUUAAGCAUUCACUCUAUUCAUUCAGUUCCAAGAAACUUCAACUUCAGUGAAAAGAAACCGAGUAGAAUAAGAUCAGCACGUGAUUAUAGGAGCAAGAAUACAGAUCACGAGAUUGGUGUUCAUUUCAGUGAAGAAACUAAAUUCUAUCUCAUCAGUGAUAAUGAUUUAGCAAAUGAGAAAAGUACAGUGAAAAUACAAAGUGCAAGAACACGAGCAGAUAUCCAUGUCCCUGGUGUUGAACAUUUACUCGAAACAAGUGAUGAUUUAGAACAGUGA